AAAUAUAUUCUAUGAUAUAAUCGUAUAUGUAGAUAUAAUAAAUAUAAUAUAAAAAUCAGUGGUUAGGGCCAAAAGGGUCAUUAGUUCAGUGAUCUUAACCUCACUCAACCCCUGCUACCUGAGCUUGCAACUUCUGGCUCUUAUGUUGAUUUAUUUCUAUAAAUGUUUAUAAUAAUAUAAAUGCCUUUGUUUAUAUAAUAAUUAUACUUUAGUUGAAAUGCCGGUCGAUCAUAAACGUAUCAACGGUCCGGAUGUAUCUGUCCCUUAUCAGAUUUACUCUGAUACCGACAACAAAGAUGUUAAAAUAAAACACGAUUUCACUAAAAGAAAGGAUAAACGUGCCAUGAAUGAAAUGAGAAAAAUAUUUUUAAAGACGGGUGUAGUUAGUCAAGCCAAAGGCUCUGCAUAUAUAGAAAUGGGAACUACGAAAGUAGUUUGUUCAGUGUUCGAUCCUAGAGAAGUACCAAACAAAAAUGGUUAUUGUAUGCAAGGUGAAAUUUAUUGCGAGUUUAAAUUCGCUUCUUUUUCCUGUUGGAAGCGAAAAAUUCAUCAACAAAAUGCAGAAGAAAAACAAUAUAGUUUAAUGUUGCAAAGAGCAUUAGAACCAGCAGUUUGUUUGCAUGAAUUUCCAAAUUUUCAAGUAGAUGUAUAUGCAAUGGUCUUAGACAAUGCUGGAUCUUCUCUAGCUGCUGCAAUCAUGGCUGCUAGUGUUGCCUUAGCUAAUGCAGGUGUUCCAAUGUUUGGUUUAGUUACAGCUUCUACCAUAGGUCUUUAUGAUAAACAGUUUCUAGUGGAUCCAACAGAUUUAGAAGAGGAAAUAUGCAACACGCUACCAGAGCAACAAGAUGAUUUUAACCAUGGAAUAAUUACACUUGCUAGCCUUCCACAACAUGGUCAAAUUUCAGAAGUAUUUUUAAUUGGGAGUAUCGAUACAAACUCUGUUAUACAUGCAACAGAACUUUUAACAACAACUAAUAAAGAAAUUUGUCCUGUGCUUCAGCAAUGUUUAGUUAAAACUAUUAUGAAAUUACAUAACUGAAUUAAAACAGUAAUCAUUUGAAUCAACAAACAGUUUCUUAAUGCAAUUAAAUAUAUAUUUUUACGAUAUAAAA